AUGGCUGAGACAAUGUCGAAUAAUCGGAAAGUUCCUUUCUCCUUUUGGCGUUUUAUUCAAGCCGAAUUUACUCGAGAUUAUAUGCUUGAAUGUGAAGAACAAAAAUAUUUAGAAAAACGAGAAAGAAUAUAUAAUUUUCUUUUAAUGUCAUCAAGUCUUGAAAAGUUUAUGCUAUAUGGUUUUUGUCAAUGUUUGGAUACAUUUCUGUAUGUAUGGACAUAUUUACCAAUACGUAUUACAAUCGCUCUUAUACAAGCAAUUGCUACAUUAUGUCGAUUACGACCUUCGAGACAUAAUCGGUUAUUUGAACCAGCACAAAUUAUUGAUAUGGUAAAAGGACUUGUUAUCCUUGGAUGCGCUGUACCAAUGUGUUUUAUGGAUAUUUCAGUUGUAUAUCAUACAGUUCGUGCACAAGCGGCUAUUAAACUUUACAUGUUUUUUAAUAUGCUCGAAGUAUGUGAUCGUUUAUUAUCAUCGUUUGGUCAAGAUACACUUGAUGCUGUAUAUUGGACAGCAACUGAACCACGUCGUAAACAUAGUGCUGGAAAAUUACUUCUUUGGCUUAUUAUUGCUAUUGUUUAUUGUACUAUCCAUGCUAUCCUUGUUCUUCUUCAAGCUAUAACACUUAAUGUUGCAUUUAAUUCUCAAAAUAAAAUGUUAUUAAUUAUAAUGUUAACAAAUAAUUUUAUUGAAUUGAAACAUAGUGUUUUUAAAAAAUUUGAUCGAAGUAAUUUAUUUCAAUUAUCAUGUAGUGAUUGUCGAGAACGUUUUCAUUAUGUUAUUUUAUUAUUUGUUGUAUGUGUACGUAAUCUUGAUCAAUUCAAUUGGGAUAUGAGUCAAUUUUGGCCAUUAAUUGAUUUUGUAGUUGUGGUUUUUGUUGUUGAAUUUUUUGUUGAUUGGGUUAAACAUGGUUUUAUAUUAAAAUUUAAUGAAUUAUCAUCGGAAGUUUAUCGUGAAUAUACAUUAAGUUUAGCUCAUGAUAUGGUUAAAACAAAACAAGAUAUUGCGUUAUCAGAUUAUACAGACUUACUUAGUCGUCGAUUAGGAUUUAUUCCACUACCAUUUGCUUGUCUUGUUUUUGGUGUUCUUUUUCAAACAAUUAAUGUUAAAACCAAUCUAUCAAUCAUCAAUGUUGUAUUAGCAUUUUUAUGUCUAUUGGCUACAAAAACUUUUGUUGGAACAGUCUUAUUGGGUAUAUCAUGUGAAUAUGUUAAUAAUAGUCGAAAAGAUAGUCUAGGUAGUACAAUAUCAAUAAAAGAACAAGUUGCAAAUGCUAUGUCAACUACAAACGAUUCAUCAAAUGCUGAAACAACAACAAUAGUAACACAAACAAUAGAUAAAGUACAUACACGUAGUAUGAGUCUUGUACAUUUAAAUGAAUUAGUCAAUCAAAAACGACCAUCAGUACCACCAGCAUUACCAGCAGUUGAUGGUGGUGAUGAAUUAAAUGAAACAUCAUUUCGAGAUGCAGAUGAUAAUUAUCAGUGUUUUAUUAAUAAUCAAAACUGUCCACCAAUAUCAAAUUUCUCUAAAGCAUCAACACCUGGUAUUAAUAUCAAUGAGAAUAUAAAUAAUAAUAAUAGUUCAACAGCAUUAUCAACAAUAACGAAUAGUGAUGAUGGAAUUGUUUUUACAGCAUCGUCAUCAUCAUCAUCAACAUCAACAACUACAGCAAAUAAAAAUCCAGAUUUAGAUAAUGUUGAAAGAUAUAAAAUGUGUGGAAAUUCAAUUAUUGCUUAA